AUGAUGGACAUGUCGGAUAUGACGACGUCCACGGCCUCGGCGACCAUGUCCAUGGCCUCAUCAACGUCUACCAGCUCGUCAAUGGAUAUGAGCUCGUCCUCGAUGUCAAUGUCGAUGGCCGACAUGUCAAUGACCUUUUUCACCUCUUUCAAGACGUCUCUCUUCGCAGCGGACUGGACACCGUCAUCCAAAGGUCAAUACGCCGGCACCUGUAUCUUUCUCAUCGUCUUGGCUGUCAUCCUGCGCGUUCUUUUGGCGCUGCGGCCCAUCCUUGAAGGCCGCUUAUGGACCGACAGUGUGCGGCAUGGUAUGCUUGACGACCAUCUACCGGACGAAAGCCAUCAGACCAAGUAUAUGUCCGGAUUCCAACUGAGUAUGCAAGAGUUGGGGAGCCGCUGGUCCAGAUGGCGUGUCAACCCGGCUGCGGGUCGUGCGACCUUUGAACUCGUCGUUGCAGGCAUCGCAUAUUUGCUCAUGCUCGCGGUGAUGACCAUGAAUGUUGGAUAUUUCAUGUCUGUGCUCGGGGGGAUUUGGCUCGGAACGUUCAUCAUGGGCGGCGUUGCGUCGGAGAGCUCGAUGUUGCAUUGUUAA